CUCUCUCUCUCUCUCUCAGGAUUGAAAGCACAUAGGGAAUGCAUCAACAAAAUCAUGAGUGAUUUUGGAUUUUAAUUUGUGAAUCAAAGUAAUAUGCCUAGCAGAUGGGAGGGCUGGGUUCCGGGAGAAACAACUCACGAGCAUGGCAACUGAAGUAUGUAGACGGAAUGGGACAACUGGACUGGCAACCAUCGACCCACAGAGAAAAGCAGCCGAACAAAUGCCUUUAAGCGAAAUGUUUAGAAAUGAUCCUCUCGAGGAGGAAGAUUUGAGGCAUGGCACUCAUUCUCUUUUACACUUAAGACAGUAAGACUCUGAGAAAUAUGUAAAGAGGCCAUGAGGCAGAUUGUCCAAUCUGGGGCCAUGGUAACAACAGAGACACUGUGUUUAAUGAACUGAAAGAGGGACAAAGCUAGGAGUCUGCUGCAGAGCUGUAUGUAGAAUGGUAGGUGUUUGCUCUUAACUAUUUUCCCUUUGGAGUGCAGUAAAGCAUCAGUCUUCCACCACGUGGGCUGCAGGAGCUGGCUCAGGCUGUCAGGCUUGGGUGCAAACAUUUUUACCUGCUGAGGCCUCGGCCAAAGCCUUUUCAAUGAGUUGGAUUGAGAAGGAUGGAAGAUGGGUAAGAAGGCCAGGAAGCGGGAACAAAGGCAAGUCCAGAAGCUGAAGGCUGUGCACCCACUGACAGGAAGAAAGAGAAAGACCACACAUCACCUGGCAUCGAGUCCGGAACACAUAUAAGCUCAGAGUGAGAAGUCACGAGCACUUCCAGACCAUGCUGAAGUCUAAAUUGAAUGUCCUAACGCUGAAAAAGGAACCUAUUCCAGCAGUCAUCUUCCAUGAGCCGGAAGCCAUUGAACUGUGCACCACCACACCACUGAUGAAGGCGAGGACUCACAGUGGCUGCAAGGUCACCUAUCUGGGCAAAGUCUCUACCACAGGCAUGCAGUUUUUGUCUGGCUGCACUGAGAAGCCAGUCAUUGAGCUCUGGAAGAAACACGCACUGGCCCGAGAAGACGUUUUCCCAGCCAACGCCCUCCUAGAGAUCCGUCCAUUCCAAGUGUGGCUUCAUCACCUUGACCACAAGGGAGAGGCGACAGUGCACAUGGAUACCUUCCAGGUGGCUCGCAUUGCCUACUGCACAGCUGACCAUAAUGUGAGCCCCAACAUCUUCGCCUGGGUGUACAGAGAGAUCAACGAUGACCUGUCUUACCAGAUGGACUGCCAUGCAGUGCAAUGCGAGAGCAAGCUGGAGGCCAAGAAGCUGGCACACGCCAUGAUGGAGGCCUUCAAGAAGACUUUCCACAGUAUGAAGAGUGAUGGGCGGAUCCAUAGGAGCAGCUCAUCCGAAGAGGCUUCCCAGGAACUGGAAUCUGACGAUGGCUGAAGGAACUGAAGAUGUUCCAGCGAAGGCAGCAUUUGGGCAACGAGUUUCAGAAGAUAGAUGCAUCCGCAAUGAUUCGAAUUUGGUAUGAGAAGACUGCCAACUUACUGGCUGACCAUGCUUUUUAAAUUCAGAAGAGCAAUUCUAAAGCUAAAGAAAUGUAUCAUUAAUUAUGUGACAUUGAAAUCUGCUGCUGCCAUGACCACGAGGAGAGUAGGAGAGUGGAUGGGGAGGAACGUUCCAGACUCUCUUCUUGUUUUUCUUCUCUCUCCUAUUCCAACACUUCCUGGUGGGAGAUCUCUACGCCUGUUUUCACCAUUCUCAGGCAAACGCUCUGUGGCUUUAGUUUGAUGGACUGUUCCAAUCUGCCUUACAAAAUCCAACAGGAAUGUUAGAGGCACCUCUGUGACCCCCAGGCCCAUGGGUGGCGUGGGGAGAUGAUGCUGGUGUGGAGGCUGCAGGAUAGAAGGGACAUGUCCGGGUGAUGACCUGGUUGCUCCUCUCCCUUGGCAUGUUCGCAGACACUCUCCUCAGUAUGUGAAUCAGCACAGCUUGAAUUGAGCUUUACAACUAACAGCACGCUAGAUGGCAGUCAAUUCGUAGUUAAAGAUGAUGCUUUCAUUUACAUGAGUGUAUCAAGUAGUGCCCUCCUAUUGUAUUCACUUCAUCUAUUUUCUUAGAAUCCUUGCAACUAAUGAUUGUUCUCCUCCUCCUGCCCUACCAUGUUUUCUCCUUCCAGCCUCCCCAAAGGGGAUGGAGGCUCAACACAUUGCAGGACUUCAAAAGGGAAGAAAACAGCAAGUUAAUUCAAUAAACAGUAGGCAAACCAUCCAGGAAUCUCAGAUGUCAGACACCCUAGAAAAGAAGGAAUGGGUGUCCAAAGUCUAUAGUAGCCACCCUUCAUUAAGCCUUGAUUUAUAGUAACUUACUUGGUGAAAGGUCCUGUUAGAUGACUCCUUCAUGGGAAGUUUCAACUCUGACAUGACAUUGCCUGGGAAGUCUUGCCCCAUCAUUUAUCAUUGAAUUCAAGUAGGGAAAGAAUGAAUUCAAGAGAGUUUGCUUAGAAAUCUCAUGUUUAUCUGGAAACCUAAAGGGAAAUGUGAUCUUACUGUCCUGAAGUCAGUGAUAUCUUAGAGUCAGAAUGACGCCCUUGACUCUCAGUUCUGAAGAGAAAUUCUCACUGGUAACUUGAGAUCUCUCAAGUUCAAGAUCUCAUAAAGAGUCGUGGAAAGUAUUUGUUAAGAUCAGAGACAGGUGGAACUUUGUGAGUUCAAGGCCAGCCUGGUCUACAAAGUGAGUCCAGGACAGCCUAGGCUACACAGAGAAACACUGUCUCAGAAAAAGGAAGAGAGAGAUUUUCAAAAAAAGAAAAAAAAUACACAUUUAAGGUGAACAGACACAUUAAGAGGGCAAAUGAUCAACUUUCUUCAAGUAAUAUUGCUCCUUUAAAAGGCGUAUUUUCAUUUCUAGUGAUAUUAGGGGCAAUGGGGUACCUUAGAAGCCUUAAGUGAGAGCUAAUAUAAUCCAGACAGCAAGGGUGUUGGUAUUUUUGGUCUGUGUACCCAUGUGUCCAUGUAUGCGUUUGUGUGUAUGUGUGUGUAUGUCCUCUGUGUGGGUCCAGUUUCAAGGCAUGUACGAUAAGCAUGGAGUCGUAUUGGUGAGGACUCACCUCCUGAAGAUAUGCUUGUUGCUUUAUGAUAUACGUAAACUAUUCUUUAGAUAAAUGCAUUCACUCUUUAAUAAAAGUAUGUUUGUGUUAAUAAAGCCAGGGUGUUUCAUACUUUAUAUGAACUUUCCUAUUUUUAAGAAAUGGAAAUUGGACAUGUAAAAUAAAUCAAACUUGGUAAACAGGGCAA